AUGUCAACAAUAAUAAAAUUCGAUGCAAAAGAAUUAAAAAAACUAGCUAAUGAUAAGACCUCGUGUAUUGUGGAAAAAAAAGUGACACAAAACUUGGCAUUACAACCCUGGUGUUUAGGGAAUUUGAAAGAAUCUGUAAAAAACAUAUUAGAUUACAAAAUAGGGAAAUUUGAUAAAGUGUUCAAUGGAAUACUCUUAAGUUAUAAGAACCUCAGAAUACUGCAGAAUGUUGGCGCAAUCAGAAAUGAUAAUUCUGACAUCCAUUUUCAAGUACAAGCUGAUUAUUUCAUUUUUCGACCUCAUGUUGGAGCCACUCUGACAGGAAUUGUUAAUAAAAAGAGUAUUACCCAUUUGGGCAUUCUUGUGCACAGAGUUUUUAAUGUAGUAAUUCCAAGGCCCACAGAAGAACCUGGUGAUAUCUGGGUUGGUUCCAAUAUUCAAGAAGGUCAAAAAGUAACAUUCAGAAUAGUAGUCUUAGAUCUUUAUGGAGCCUUACCAUACAUCAGAGGAGAACUGGAUGAAAGUAAUAUUAAGCUGGGACCCGAUGGAGACGAUGAUGCAGAAGAAGACACUAAAUCCAUUAAUGUAUCCUAUGUAGACUUUGAUAAGACUAAACCAUACACUCAAAAGCAAAGUGGAGAUGGCUUGCCAAAUUCCGCUUCUAAAAGUAUGUCACGACCAAAUCAAUUAAAAAAUCCAGCAGCAACGGGAGAAAUCCAAUCACCGAAUGGCAGAUCUGGCCCUUCGAAAAUGAAUUAUCUUGAAAGUGAUAUCAAUAUCGUAGAAAGAAACAAGGUUAAACGACAAAGCAGAACACAUGAACCUGAUCAGAAGCUAAUGGAGGCUAAUAAGCCUGUUAAAAAACACAAACGUGACGCACAAUUUUAA